CUUUUUUUUUUUUUUUUCCUGCAACUGAAAAACUCACGCACACAAAGUGGCAUAGAGAGAUAGAAAGACGAAGGGGUUAAUGUCGAAAGCGUCGAUCGCAUAAUACAUAGUUAAAAGGAGCUCGUGCGAUUGUUCUGCCGUCGACGUCCAUGGCGAAAUAGUUAGAGACGAUCAAAUACACAGGGACUUUCUUAUUGUAGUGUGUGUAUUUUGUUCGGUUGUCCUCUCAUGGCCAAACGUGCCGGACUUAGUUGUUACUGUACCGGAGCCAAAAAAUAGACAUUUUCCAGUGCCCACCUCCACUACUAAGAUCUCUUUUUAUGGAAUCAGUAGAUUGCCUUUACUUGAUAAAGACCGAAGAAGUUUCCUUUUGCUCAUGUAUUUCACCCAUCUAUGUGCUUUUUUGAAGUACCUGGGCGGGAUGAUGUUUCUUCUUGGUGCUUGCCUGGAAUGAUGGAAAACAGAUGGUGUUAAUGAUGUGCCAUAGGAGAGAACCAUGGAACAUUUAUCAGAUAAGAAAUUUCCAGUCAAUUCAAAAGAUUAUAACUUAUAUGAAGAAGUUGGUGAAGGAGUCAGUGCCACUGUCUACCGUGCUCUAUGCAUUCCCCUUAACAAGAUAGUGGCUAUCAAGGUUCUGGACCUGGAAAAGUGCAAUAAUGAUUUGGAUGGUAUUCGUCGGGAGGUACUAACAAUGAGCUUGAUAGACCAUCCUACUGUAUUAAGAGCACACUGUUCUUUCACGGCUGGUUGCAGCCUGUGGGUUGUAAUGCCAUACAUGGCUGGGGGAUCUUGCCUUCACAUUAUGAAAUCAGCUUAUCCAGAGGGAUUUGAAGAGACAAUUAUUGCAACAUUAUUGCGUGAGGUUCUUAAAGCUCUUGUUUACCUUCAUGCCCAUGGAAAUAUUCAUAGAGACGUUAAGGCUGGAAAUAUCUUAAUUGAUUCCAAUGGAGCAGUCAAAUUGGCAGACUUUGGAGUAUCAGCAUGCAUGUUUGACACUGGUGAUAGACAACGCUCAAGAAAUACUUUUGUUGGAACCCCAUGCUGGAUGGCACCUGAAGUCAUGCAGCAGCUGCAUGGAUAUGACUUUAAAGCAGAUAUUUGGUCAUUUGGGAUUACUGCCCUUGAACUUGCUCAUGGCCAUGCCCCAUUUUCCAAAUAUCCACCAAUGAAGGUUUUGUUGAUGACCUUGCAGAAUGCACCGCCAGGUCUGGACUAUGAAAGAGACAAGAGAUUCUCAAAGUCUUUUAAAGAGAUGGUAGCCAUGUGCCUAGUGAAGGACCCAAAAAAGCGUCCCACAUCAGAAAAGCUUUUGAAGCACAGUUUCUUUAAGCAUGCUCGCUCAACUGAUUAUCUAGCUCGGACUAUUCUUGAUGGCCUCGCUCCACUUGGUGAUCGUUUUAGGAUGCUUAAGGCAAAAGAGGCUGAUUUCCUUGCUCAGAAUAAGGUGAUGUAUGGAGAUAAGGAGCAUUUGUCACAGCAAGAGUAUAUACGAGGAAUCAGUGCAUGGAACUUCAAUUUGGAGGAUUUGAAAGCUCAGGCAGCCCUUAUUCAGGAUGAUGGAGUCCAAAAUACAGAAGGUCAAGACAUGAAUAGCAAAUCAAAGAAUGGAUAUAAUGAAGUUGUAGGCUUUGCACCAGAGCCUCAGUCCCCUGAAAGUGAUAAGCUUUCUAAUGCAGUACCUGUGCAAAAGGAUGUGCUCGACGAUUUUCAGAAUAUAAAGGAUUCACUUGCUUCAUUUCCUAUUAGCCCUCUUCAGGCACUGAAAGGUUGUUUUGAUGUUUGUGAGGAUGAUGUCAAUGCCAUUAGCCCAAACUCGAAAGAUGUUGUUCAGUCAGAUUCUGACCAACAGUUUCAACUACAGCCAGCAGCAAGGGAAGAGGACAUGGAAAUGAAACAAGACAAUGGUGAAAAUUUGGAAAGAAGUAGAUCUUUAUCUAGAUGUGUCAUACCUGGACGUCAAAAAUUUUUGAGUGGUUCACUUAUACCAGAGAAUGUUCUUUCCCCUUCUAGAAAAGCUAAUGGUGAUGGGGACAGGGAAUAUCUACAGCCAAAAUAUCAACCUGAGCGGAACUACAGUGGUCCAUUGUCAUACUGUCACAAAAAGGAUACAAAUGUUCCUACAUCUGUGGAGGACACAUCAGGAGGAAUGGUUGUCCAACAUAAGGGGCGUUUCAAAGUCACACAAGCAGAUCUCAGUCCUAAGGCUGCUCCUGCAAAUUGCUCAACCAACCAGGUCUGUGGAGGUUCAGCAAUUCCUUCAACUUCCACAGUCGCAGUUGCAUCAAUUCUUCCAUCACUGCAAUAUAUAUUGCAACAGAAUGCCAUGCAAAGGGAACAAAUAAUUAAAUUGAUAAAAUGUUUGGAGCAAACCUCUGGACAUUAUCACAUGGAAUUUGCUGAUUCCUGUACAAGAGACCUGUCACAGAUAUCUUCAGCUUCUGCUAGAGAAAAAGAACUACAAUCUCAAGUGAUUAGUCUCCAGCAAAGCAUUGGAAAUCUUGUUGAAGAGUUGCAGAGACAGAAAAUAAUCAAUUCUCAGCUGGAGAGGCAAUUAAAUGCUUUGCACAAGUAGGACGAGAUAAAGAUACAGAAAGAAUGAAAUAACAGCUAUAUGUUACCGAGUUCCCCCCCACGCAAGAACUCAAUGGACCCACUGAGGUGCUUUAGCGAGAAUUCCGUGCUUCAUGUGUUUUGCAUUGUAUUUUUAAGUGUACAAUAUAUUGAUGGACUUUGGGUGAUGAAAGCACACCCAAAUUUUGAGAUGGCCUUCAGCGAUUCACUAUAUAUAGUUUCUUGUAAUUGAAUGAUCCAAUAUUGUAUAUUAUUUCCUCCCUCCCUCCCUGUA